AUGGAGAAAUCCUUGUCUGAUAUAGAAGUGCUUUAUCCUGAGAUCAUAGUAAAAGUGGGUAGAAUCACUCUUGGAGAAGAAAACAGGAAGACAAUGACCAAUAUCUGUUUGAAAAGAAUUGAGAAUUCUAGUAUCAUCAAAGCUACAUGUGCAUUGCUAAACUCUGGAGGAGGAAUAGUCAAAGCAGAGAUCCAUGAUAGAAACUACAGUUACCGAUGCCAUGGGCUGGGACAAGAUCUGGAAACAUCUUUCCAAAAGCUCCUUCCUUCAGGGUCACAGAAAUAUCUUGAUUACAUGCAGCAGGGAAAUAAUCUCCUGAUUUUUGUCAAAUCUUGGAAUUCAGAAGCUUGUAGCCUCCCCAUACGGAUUUGCAGUUUGCGCUCCAAUUUAUAUCAAAGAGCUGUGACUUCUGCUGUAAACCUGAGUGGCAGCAGUGCUCUGGAGCUUCUGCAGGAGAAACAGUCUAGAGCUCAAAGAGGAAGGCAGAGAGUGAUGAUGGAGCUGCAUCCUCAGGAAGUUCUUAACAGGUACAUUCAAGAAGAGGAAGAUAUGAGGACAUGUGCUGCAGAAUUGUUUAAAAAGGACAGACUUGUGUAUAAGGAGAGGCUCAACUUUACUGAGUCAACCCACGUCGAAUUAAAAAGAUUCACCACCAAAAAGAUCGUUCCUCGGAUUAAAGAAAUGCUGCCUCAUUAUGUUUCUGCAUUUGCCAACACUCAGGGGGGAUACCUAAUUAUUGGCGUUGAUGAUAAAAGCAAAGAGGUGUUUGGCUGUAAGAGAGAAAAAGUGAACCCUGACUCAUUAAAAGAAGCAAUAGAAAAUUGCAUUAAAAAAUUGCCCACAUACCACUUCUGCUGUGAGAAACCAGAGGUGAAGUUCACAAUCAAAAUGUUGAAUGUGUACCAAAGAGAUACCCUGUAUGGUUAUGUUUGUAUGGUCCAAGUGAAGCCCUUCUGCUGUGUAGUAUUCACAGAGGACCCGGAUUCUUGGAUCUUGAAGAACAAUUCUAUCACAAAGCUGACGACUGAGUGUUGGGUGCACCUGAUGUUGGGUAUCCAGCCAGCUCCUUCCAGUUUGGCCACAGAACCAUGCUUUCCCCUGAGUCCACCAGCUUCAUCUGCACAAAGAAACCCAUCAUAUCCCAUAAAAAUUCUGGAGUUAAAGAGAGCUCUUCAACAAAGCUUAUUUCCAGUGACUCAGGAAGAGAUACAGUAUAAACCAGAAUCCUUCUGUCAGAAGUUAUUCUCAGAUUACAGAGGACUGAAGGAAUUAAUGAAGAUGCAUAUAAAACCUUGUUCUCAGGGUAUUGUGAUAUUUUCUAGAAGCUGGGCUAAGGAUAUUGGCUUACAGAAAGAGCAGAAUGUUCUGUGUGAUGCACUCCUAAUAGCCAUGAACAGUCCUCUGAUGCUCUAUACAAUCUUAAGAGACCCUACUUGGACUGGAGGGUUUGAAUAUGCACGAAAUACAGCUCAUCAAUUAAAGCAGAAACUAGGGACUACUGGUGGUUACAUAGGAAAAGUGUGUGUCAUUCCCAACUUGAUACGCAUGUCCAGCAGAGGAUACAGACCCAGUGAAAUCACAGUGCAUUAUCCUCAGUCCUACAGGUUUGCUAAUGUGGAGGAAAUGGAAGAUUUGUUGCAGGCUCUUAUAGUGGUCUCCAUGAGUUCUUGCUCUCUCCUGAGUGACCAAAUAGGUAGUGAAUUUCUCAACUUGCUUGUCAUGGAGCAAUGUGAGUUGCUUUCAGGGAGUCUUCAGGAGACACGAGAACUGCUCAUCUAUUGCUUCCCAGGAAUCAGGAAGACAUCCCUAAUUAUAAAGAUCAUCAAGAAAAUUAAGGACGUAUUCCACUGCAAGCCCAAAGAGAUUCUAUAUAUUUGUGAAAAUGAGUCCUUAAAGGAUUAUGUGAUGGAACAAAAAAUCUGCCAAGCUGUGACUCAGAGAAACUUCAUGCGAGGGGAGUUCCUAAAGAUUAAGCACAUUGUGAUUGAUGAGACUGAGAAUUUCUGCAACACAUAUGGUGAUUGGUACAUGAAAGCUAGGAACAUCACCUGCCCCAAUGUGAGGGGGAUUGGAAAUGAAGACCCUCACCAUGGGAUUCUCUGGCUUUUUCUGGAUCCUUUCCAAGUUCGUCGUGCAGAUAUCAACAGUCUCCCACCUCCAUCAGCUCAGUUUCCUCGAAAAAUAAUCACAAAUGGGGUCCACUGUGCCCUGGAAAUAGCAAUGGUCAUGAAAGAAGAAAUGGUGAGAAUCAAGAACAGUCCUCAGUCCAAUCUGUCUCCAGACACACUGGCCUUGUUCAGGGAAGCCCUCUAUAAGGAAGCAAUACAUACACAGGCUCCACUGGGUGUUUGUGAGACAAAGGUUAAUCUGACAAUAGAACAAAUAGCGAAACAUGUGGCUGAAAGGUGUCUGGACCUAUUUCAACAAGGCUACCUGCCCAAAGAUAUAGCAAUUCUAUGCAGGAGAAGAGAGGACAGAAGUCGCUAUGAGCCUGCACUCAAAGGAGCAAUGGAAUAUAUUGAGAUCCCUGGAGCAACGUAUGUUGUAUUCAACCAGGCUGCUGGUGUUUUGGGCCCUCAUAUUAUUUUAGACAGUAUUCAUAAGUUUUCAGGCCUAGAGAGAAAUAUUGUGUUUGGGCUUAGUCCAGAAUGCACCCUGUCAGAGGAACUUCAUAAGCUCCAUUUUGCCUCAAGAGCCAUCAAACAGCUGUACUUGCUUUAUGAAAAGAAGACAGGCUUCUGA